UCCUCGUAUUUACAGAUGAUAACCUACAAUCCCUACGUUAUCAUCGAAACGUAGAGUAUGGUAGAGUACAAAAGAAUAUUCAGUGGAUUACAAUUUAUUGAAUUGGCGAUAGUCUUCUGUAGUUAAAUGAAAACAUUAGGUGUAACAAUAUGGCGACUUCCACUAAAUCUGAUGCUUGUCCGUUACAUCCAGAUGCUGCCUUAAUUGAAGAUUCCAGUGCAGGAGACCAGAUAUGCUCUGAUUGUGGUUUAGUUGUCGGGCACAGAGUAGUAGAUCGUGGCUCAGAGUGGCGGACUUUCAAUAAUGAGGAGUCUAGUACAGAACGCUCUCGUGUUGGUGCACCUGAAAAGCCCUAUCGUAGCGGAUCGGAUCUAACCACCAUAAUAGGCCCUAGUCCGAGUGGCCCUUCUAAAUUUAAAAUCGGUGGGCCAAAAUAUCGAAAUCGUAAGUCAUUGACAAGCACGAACAGGACACUUGAGGACGGUUUUCUACAGAUUGCUUCAAUGGCAGAUAAAAUGAAUUUGCCCAGCUGUAUUGUUGAUCGAGCGAAUGUUUUGUUUAAGCGAGUGCAGGAUGGCAAACAUUUACGGGGUCACUCAAGCGAUGGCAUUAUAGCGGCAUGUUUGAAUAUAGCCUGCAGGCAGGAAGGGGUACCACGAGGUUUUAAGGAGAUUUGUGCUGUUAGUAUGGUUAGCAAAGUGGAGAGCAGUCGUUGUUAUAAUUACGUUCGGAAAGUAUUGAAGAUAUCGGUAGAUUCGACUACAUCGGGGGAUUUUAUGGCGCGGUUUGGUUCGAAUUUGGAACUACCGUACAAGGUGCAACGGGUAGCAACGGAUAUUGCUGAACAGGCGGUAAAGAUGGAUAUUGUAUCUGGACGUUCGCCCAUCUCUGUUGCAGCUGCAGCUAUUUACAUGGCUUCACAGGCUUCUGAGGACAAACGCAGCGCAAAACAAAUCGAAGAAAUAACCGGUGUUGCUAUUGGCACCAUCCGGCAGGCUUUUAGGUUGAUGUACCCUCAAGCUGCGCAGCUCUUCCCGAAGGACUUCGAGUUUGCCACAACAAUAGAUAAGUUGCCAAGAUUGUAACUGUCUUACAAAAAAUUAUAUCAGUUUUAGUUUUAAGAGUGUAAACGUAUUCCAAUUUGGAAUUUAAUACGUUUAAGCGAGGCAUGAUGCAAUUAAGAUUUUAACUUGUUUUGCCCAAUCGGCAUUUUAAAUUUUAACUCUAAUGAAUGUUUUUUGCUAACGAAAUGAAGAAAAAUAGAUUUUUAACUCCUUCUCA